CAAACCUCCUAGGCACUGUUCCUUCGUUCUCGUCUCCACUAACUUGAGGCAGAGGAACUUGAGGUUGCCAUCUAUAAAUGUGUGGCACAGAUUGUGGCUGUGGAUAUCGACAAAACAGACAUUGCAGUGGCUGGUGCACCUACCUCCCAACCUCAGGCCUACCUAGGUACCUAACGUUAGUUACCUUAGUGCCACAAUCAGCUAAACGGAUCCACGGUCGCCGAAACUAAAGCGCGACUGCAAGCUCACUUUGCGCGCAAACCAACCGCUUCUUUCACUGUUCCCUUCCAUUGCUUAAUUCAUCCUCCGCCACCACAAAAAACCCACAACAUGUCCGACAUAGAGGACCCAAUUGACUCAGUCGACGAAGGCGGCGACGACCUCUUUGGCGAUGAUGGCGACGAUGAUGUCGUACCUACCAAGGAGCCUGUCCAUGAGGAUGAUGAACUUGCUUCGGACCCAGAAGGGGACAGCUACGCGCGGUAUCGCAACGAUGACGACGACCAGACUCAAGUCCAGACAAAAGAACGAGCUAUUCAAAACGUCGAAACUUAUCGACAUCGAAUUCCGAAGCCUAAAGAUGGCGCGCUUCGAAUUCUACGGAUCCCCAAGUUCAUGAAGAUAAUGCCUGAAGUGUACGAUCCCGAGACGUUUGAACCGACAGAAUUCGACCUGGCAAAUGCUAAAGCUGAACAUCCUAAGCAUGUCGCCCGAGUACGAAAAGAUCAUAGCACCGGCGAAUUCAAGAGUAAUACAAACAUCUUUCACUGGAGCGACGGAUCAGUGACCAUUUCCGUUGGCGGAGAGCACUAUGAGAUCCAGAGAAAGGCGCUCGCCCCACCACCAGACAAGCCCUACAACGAGGUCAAUGAUGGUCACUACUACGCUGCUGCCGCUGAGUUGCACAGCAACAUCCUUAUGACGGUUGGGCAUAUCACAGAGCAAUACAAUGUUCGACCCAACAAGGCAGUUGGAGAUGACGCGCUGACUCUCCUAGCUGAGAGGAUGGCUGUCGCCAGUAAGCCUGUGAAUGCAACUGACAUGAUCAUCCAAACUACUGUCGACCCCGAACUCCAGAAGAAACAGGCCGAAUUGGCUGAGAAGGAAAGAAUGAAGGCACAGAGGCGACGCGAGAAUGCUGCCGCCAAGAUGGAUGGUGGGUACGGCCGAUCACGAGGAGGGCUAUCUAUUGGGGAUCUUGAAGGUGGACGCCGAGGCGCGGCAGGCUCUCGCAAGCGCGGCGCACCUGGGUCGGGCAAACCUAGAAGGCGAAGAGAUGAGGAAUCAGAUGAGGAGCUUGAGCAUGCUGUUGGUCGGCAUGAAGGCUACUCCCUCGACGAUGGUUUCAUCGUCAACAGCGACGAAGAAGUGGAAAGCGGAGGCGAUGAUGACGACGAAGAUGACUUUCCCGAUGACGACGAAGAGGAGAAGCCUCGCUCCAAACGUCAGAGGACAAGGGAUCGCAGUGAGGACGAAGAUGAUCUCAGUGCAGUUGAACAAGUGGCAGGAAGAUCCCGCAGGAGAAAUGUCAUCGAUGAUGAUGACGACUAAAAUGGACAUCUGGAGUUUCAGAGACAGCGGGAUGGGUAUUUGCAUGGUGAGCAAGGGAGGCCAUUGCUGCAUAAUAUGAUUAUAUCAAAACUGUCUCCAAGACAUAGUAUCGCACAAAUUGGUUGUUUUUGUAUUAUAUUUUAGACUUUUGGGGGUAAUAACAGCAAACCACAUCCUUAUUAAAUCCCUUGUACGAAUCCUUGGCCCAUAUUCCAUACAACAAGCCACAAUAUAACAAAUAAACCACUUUGUCACAAA